CGACCCCUAAACGCCUUCAUGCUCUACCGCCGCGACAAACAGCAUGCAGUCCCUUCCAAAAAUCACCAAUCCAUCUCCCGCAUCAUCGGUCAACUCUGGCGUAAUGAGACCGCUGCCACCAAAAAGUUCUACACUGACUUGGCGAAGCGGGCGAAAGAGGAGCAUGAGCAGAUGUACCCCGGGUACAAGUUUGCGCCUAAGAAGAAG